GAAGCGUCUGCGACGCAACGACGGCGAAUCGUUGGAUGAGGUACCUACUCUUUGCGCAGUACGCAAGCCCACCAAGUUCAGUUCACAUCAACUCCCACCGCCCUGUUGUGGGAGUAGUGUACUUUUCUUUUCUGCAGGGGUGACGUCGGAACACCCAGCUUCUCGGAUUCCCCACCCCCUCCCUCCCCGCCGCGACUGGCAACUCGGGUUUCUUGGAAUUUUCACGAAUCCUACGACGAGUUUAGCCGCCAUGACCGCGCACCAGGACAGGAAACCGACAUCUUUUGGACUACUGCAAAGUUCCGCAUUCUCGACAAUACUCGUAGAGCUCUCAAAACACGCAACCGACAUUCCCGGCUCUGGUGCCUCGAAACUCGUUGAUGAUAGGUACACCGCAGUUACGGGCGAACCGGACUCAAUGGCUGCCAGCGCUUCGAGCGCAAUAGCUCUGAGCUCGUCCAAGUCCAAUACUGGACUGGUCCCGCGUAGGGCGGCCAGCUUGCAAUCCUAUUUUCAUCGAGACACAGGACCGCCAAGAUCCGAAAUAACGCAAGCCACCCGUGUCCUAGAAGCGAUUUCUCAAGUAUACGGAUGGAUACAUGCAUCACAAUUCGUACCUGGAGGCCCGGUCCCGUGCCUACGGAGUACAGAGUACAUGGAAACUGGAUCCACGAGAUCCUCGUUGGGGCCGGGGCCAGCACGCUGCUCCUUCGCGGGCAUUUGAUACUCACGUGGCACACACAUUAUUCUACCACAGCUCGCAGCCAGCUCUCGGAUCCCCGUGGCUGGCUGCCUGGAUGAGGGGGGGAUAUCCCGAGCCCGGUGAUUGCAAGGUCCGUUCCCAAGAGUCUGGUCGCACCGCGUCAUGCAGCCAG